AUGCUGGACGUGAGUAAGUUUGAUGUGCAUUUGAAAUUAUGGGCGCUCAGGAUUCCUCGAGAGCUUUGCAAGGUGGCCACUCGCGUCCUCAAUGGAUACUUGCUUGAUAAGCCUCGAGUGAAGCCUAUUACCGAAGACCCAACGAGCGAUAAGAACCGGUACAUGAUAUUGUCUGAGAAAGUUGAGAACCCUGAGCUAGCUGAAAUCCCAGCUGAGAAACUUGAUGAACUGAAGAAGUUAUGUGAAAUUGAAGUAGUUCCUUAUGCCAUGACGCUUGGAUAUUCUUACUGGAGUGCAGGUCACAUUGCUCAUGUAAAUAUACAUGAUGAACUGCUUCCAUUCAAGGAUGUCAUCGCAAAGGUUAUUUAUGAUAAAAAUCAUCCAAGGAUCAGAACUAUUGUCAAUAAAGUCGGAUCUAUAUCAAAUGAGUUUAGAGUACCCAAGUUUGAGAUCCUUGCUGGGGACAGUGAUAUGGUCACAGAAGUUAAGCAAUAUGGAGCUACAUUCAAACUCGACUACGGCUUGGUCUAUUGGAAUUCAAGAUUGGAGCAUGAACACAUAAGGCUAGUCUCUCAAUUCCGACCGGGGGAGAUCAUAUGUGACAUGUUUGCCGGCAUUGGUCCCUUUGCUAUUCCUGCAGCACAGAAAGGAUGCAUUGUUUAUGCAAAUGAUCUCAACCCCGACAGUGUUCGUUAUUUGAAGAUCAAUGCCAAUGUUAACAAGGUCGAUGAUCUCGUGAUUGCCUUUAAUAUGGAUGCUAGGAAGUUCAUGGCCCAGCUUAUGAUGGUUCCACCAGUUCAUGAAGACAAUUCAGUGGUCUCUAAAGUGGAGACCUUUGAAGAAAGGAAAAGAGACCAAGAGCAAGUGGCAGUUGAGGCGAAGGAUUCACCUGACGACGCAUCCAUAGCUUCUGUCAAUGGGAAUCCAGAUUGUUGUGAAGAAGAAAAUGGGAGAAACCUUGGAAUGCCAGGUAAAGGUAGGAAGAACAAGAGGAUAAAGCUGUCCGAGCUGCCCAAUCCUAACACUUGGGAGCAUGUUGAUCAUGUGAUAAUGAACCUCCCUGCUUCUGCCAUACAAUUUCUAGACGCAUUCAGAAAGCUAAUUCCGAGGCAAUGCUGGAAGAGUGAUCUUCCCUUGAUUCAUUGCUAUUGCUUCAUUCGGGCAAACGAAACCCAGGAUACUAUAAUUAAGGAGGCCGAAUCUGCCCUGGGUGCGCAAAUAAAAGAUCCUAUCUUGCAUCGGGUUAGGGAUGUUGCUCCAAACAAGGCUAUGUUUUGCUUAACCUUCAGAUUGCCAGAAGGAUGCUUCACAGACAAUGCUCCCACCUGCAUCGAGUCCACUAUUUAG